CAGAGCAUGAAAAAAGCUGUACAUAACUAGUUGAACCUUGACAUUAUCGAUCUUCAAUCUUCGAUCUUCGGCGCAAACUAUUUCAAUUUCAUCCAACAUACAAUUUAGUCGCAUUCAUACCUCAUACUUCGUACUUCAUACAUACUGAUUAGUCAAAUACAACAAUCCAUAUCUAGGUAGCCAUGCUACUACCUAGAGCCCUCCGUACGCUACGUACGCUUCCAGCGUAUUCACCAUCUUUCUCUUCGCCACCAAUGCGCCUGGCCUUACUGUUGCCGAUACGGACGAGAUAUCUAUCCACUUCAGUCGACCAAACUAGCGAUCACUCAGGAUUAUCCGAAUCUAUACCUCAAUCAACUUCUUCUGGGCCCUCUUCCGAGUCCUCUUCUGAGGCUAUCACAUCCGCCUCUAUUCCACCAUCAUCCGAGCAACCAGUCAAGCAAGUAACCGAAAUAUCAAACGAGAUACCCACCGAAGAAACGACAGAGCAAGCACCCCAACUGCCAUACUUCGUUAAUAGGAAUAAUCUUGCCAACCUCGGUGUAUAUCAAAAGUCUAAGCGCGGGGGUAAUUUUAAAGUCACACUGUUAAAAAAGGCAGAGGGUGACCUGAAAGCUCUGAAAGCGGACAUUAGAGACGCCUUACAGCUCCCCGACAGUGAUGUGUCCGUCAACAAUGUGACUCGGCACAUAGCGGUACGGGGCCACAAACGGAACCAAAUCCUCAACUUUCUUCUUACCAUGGGUUUCUAGUGGUAUUCAAAAAUAUUUAAAAAAAAAAUAAAAAUCGAGGAAUUAUGAUAUGUGACGACGAAAAAAGUCUGUACGAAUACGCAAAUAUGCGAAAACAAUCAGUAUAUUGAGCACACUCUAGUCCAGGUGAAUAUACGGUUUGCACAUACAAAUGGAUAGGUGAUAUAUACCCGCAGGACCCGUGGGACUGAAAUAC